AUGAGGGCCAUAACCCCUGACGAAUUCGUCCAGUGGAAUCGGGCUGAGGCGCGGGCUUAUGGCAACCGGCUGGAUAAUGAUCCGGAGGUGUUGCGUCCGCAUUUUGACCUGGAUCGCUCCAUUGCAGUAUUCGACGAAGGCAACAUCGUCGGUGGUGCACAUUCGCAUCGAAUCGAGAUGUCCGUGCCGGGCUCUUCCCUGGCGACAGCAGGCGUUGCCAACAUCGCUGUACAGCCGACGCAUCGGCGGCAGGGCGUUUUAACCAGGAUGAUGCACCAUCAGAUCCGAGAUAUACACGAGCGCGGCGAACCGUUGGCUGCGCUGUUUGCCUCCGAAAGCGCGAUAUACGGCAGAUUUGGGUAUGGAAUCGGUUCAUUGCGCGAACAAUGGACCAUCGAGCGACAGCACAAUGCCUACGCCAGGCGACAUGAGAGUCAUGGCAAAGUCGUUUUCGUAGAUCCGGAGGACAUUACAAAAGAGCUUCCCGAGGUUUCUCGGCGCAGUACCGUCGGUCGACCGGGGGUGAUCCAAAAGACGAUUCAUCUGUGGGAGCGGGAAUCACAAGCGCCGGAACACCGACAGGGUGGCCGUGGGGGUCUGUUCUACGUCGCGUAUGUGGACGGUGGAACGGUGGAUGGCUACGCGAAAUACCGUACCAGUGGAACGACCCUGGUCGUCAACGAGCUAAUGGCAAUUACUGAAGAGGCAAACGCCGCUUUGUGGCGAUUUUGCUUUGAAGUGGAUUUGGUAACUAUAACUGAAGCUGACAGGCGUCCGGUGGACGAUCCAUUACCCUGGAUGCUGGCAGAUCCGAGACGGCUGCACCGAACCACGCGCGAUGGCAUGUGGCUGCGUCUGGUGGAUGUGGCCGCCGCGUUGAAGACCCGGCAUUAUAUGGAAUCUGGCGGUUUGGUGCUGGACGUGCGGGAUGACCUGUGUACCUGGAAUGAAGGACGGUUCGAGUUGGAGGGUUCGUCCAAAGGCGCGAUAUGCCGCAGUUCAAAUUCGUCACCCGAUCUGGUGUUAUCCGUUCGUGAUCUGGCGUCAGCGUAUCUGGGAACCGUGAGCUUCACUACCCUCUCGCGGGCCGGCCUGGUAGACGAGUGUACACCGGGGGCACUGCAGCGGGCUGACCGCAUGUUUGCCGUCCAGCACCAACCCUGGACUCCCUACGGUUUUUGA